UUAAUCCUAAAUUAGAUUUUCUUUCAGUUGCAUAAUGCCUAUCGAUAAAAGUUGGAUUGAUUCCCCACGUCAUUCACCUCACUACAAGCAAGGACUCGAGUCAUUUAUCGAGAUGUGUGAAAGAGUGAUAAAAAACCACGAUGAAGUUAGAUGUCCGUGUACCAAAUGUAAAAAUUCCGGCUUAAAAACUAUGGCAGAAAUGAAAUACCAUUUGCGUAUUAACAGUUUUUGGAAGGAAUACACGAAGUGGACUUAUCACAGGGACACGACUCCAAUUGCAGAAGUAAACGAUGUUGCGCCACAAGACGGUAUGGUAAACGUUAUUGAAGACAUUAGGGGGGAGCGUAUGGAAGAAGAUACAUACCUUAACCAAGAGAACUCGAAUGGAGAUGGUAGCGGUGUUGUUGAUGAUUUUGAAGACCUGGUGAAGGAAGUUGAAACAGAAUUAUAUCCUGGUUGUACCAAGUUUUCUUCUAUCGACUUUUUAGCAAAGCUUAUGAAUAUAAAGGAUACGUACCAUUUUCAAAAUGAAGGAGUAGAUCGACUCCUCUCGUUGUUGCGAGAGUCAAUGCCAGAAGGCAACAAGAUUCCCCCUUCGUAUUAUGUAGCUAAGAAGACAUUUAAGAAGAUUGGUUUGGCAUAUGAGAUGAUAGAUGUGUGCACAAAUGAUUGUGCUCUCUUUUGGAAAGAAAACGAGUCCUUGCAGAAUUGUCCCGUUUGUAAUGAGAGUCGAUGGGUCGAUAAAGACACAAAAGGCACGAAGGUGGCUCGUAAGGUGUUACGAUACUUUCCUUUGACGCCUAGACUACGACGUUUGUAUUGUUCAAGGCACACAGCGAAAUAUAUGAUAUGGCAUAGUACCGGACGAUCGGAAGAUGGGACUAUGCGUCAUCCAGUUGAUGGAUCUGCAUGGCAAGACUUUGAUAAAAAGUACCCAAACUUCGCGAUGGAGCCACGAAAUGUUCGCUUAGGGCUUGCAGCUGACGGUUUUAAUCCCUUUAACAACGGUAGUGGAUCCUCGACUCAUAGCACGUGGCCGGUUAUACUCACCACAUAUAAUCUGCCUCCCUGGCUAUGCAUGCGAGAGUCCACAUUCAUGUUGACUUUGUUGAUUCCUGGCCCUAAAUCACCGGGGAAAGACAUAGACGUUUUCCUUAGACCGUUAGUGGAUGAGCUUAAGCAAUUGUGGCAGACAGGUGUACGUACUAAAGACGCAGCAACAAACACAUACUUCACAAUGAAGGCGGCGUUGUUAUGGACCAUAAAUGACUUUCCAGCCCGUAGUAGCCUAUCAGGUUGGAGCGGACAAGGCUACAUGGCAUGCCCAACUUGUAACCAAGACACUCCUUCAAUACGUGUAACUGGUAAAUGUGCUUAUGUUGGUCAUCGCCGGUUCUUAGAUGCCAACCAUCCUUGGAGAACAAGUCUCGACUUUAACGGGAGACCCGAGACACGAGACCCUCCGAGACAGUUUAGCCCAGCUGACAUAGAAGCUCAACUAGGUCGUUUAGUUAAUCGUCUACCAGGCAAGCAUCCAGAUUUUGGAGGUGGGAGGAUAACCCGGUCAGAUUACGAGUUGAACUGGUCCAAAAGAAGCAUAUUUUUUGACCUUGAGUAUUGGUCUUCUCUGCAGCUGAAACAUAACUUAGAUGUAAUGCAUAUAGAGAAAAAUGUGUGCGACAGCUUGCUCGGUACUCUUCUAAUGAACGAUAAGAGCAAAGACACGCCAAAUGCGCGGUCCGACUUGGAAAAACUAAACAUUCGGCCGUCACAAUGGCUGAAACAAUCGGGUGGCAAGUUCUUAAGUCCCCACCCAAAGUACUCAUUCAAGUCCGAUGAUCGAAAACUUUUUUGUCAGUUUAUAAAAAAUGUUAAAUUACCAGAUGGGUUUGGAUCUAAUAUCAGUAAGAGGGUGACAGAUAACAAUGCUAACAUUACCGGGUUGAAAUCUCAUGACUGUCAUAUCCUCAUGCAACGUUUGAUACCUAUUGGGGUUAGAGGGCUUUUGACUAAAGAUACAUCUACACCAAUAGUAGACCUUUGUAUGUUCUUUAAGCAACUUUGCUCUAGAACACUAUUGGUGGAUGAUAUGAAGAAAGCAAAGGAUGACAUUGUUACCAUCUUAUGCAAGUUAGAGAUGAUCUAUCCACCUGCGUUUUUUGACAUUAUGGUUCAUUUACUUGUGCAUUUACCUGAUGAAGCGAUUGCGGGAGGUCCAGUAGCUUUUAGAUGGAUGUAUCCAUUUGAAAGGUACAUGAAAAAACUAAAGAACUAUGUCAAAAACCCGGCAAGGCCUGAAGGUUGUAUAGCUGAAGGUUAUGUGUUUGAAGAAGCUCUAACAUUUUGUUCAAUGUACCUUAAAGAUGUUCAUACUAAGUUCAAUCGCCCAGAUAGAAACGAUGAUGUCGUUGUUGAAAAAAGAAAGUUAUGGGUGUUUGAGUCCAAAUGUCGUUAUGUUGGCGCAAGAAAGGAGAAAUAUCUAUCAUUCAUCGAAAAAGGCAAGAUGGAAUGGUUUGUCCUCGAAAACUGCGCAGAAGUUAGGGAGUACAUGAAGUGAGUGCUUCUAUCUUUAACAUUUCAUAAUCUGUUAAUUGGUAUUUCUCAUUCCUUUCUUAUAUUUGUCAUCAAUGUAGUGAAUUCAAACAUACACAUCCCCAUGAUGAUCUUAAAACCAAAUUUCCGAGAUGGUUUCUCCAUAAGGUAUAAUACAUAUAUAACACUCAUUACUCUAUACUUGCUAGGUAAUACAUAUAUAACAAACAUUAUUACUCUAUAUUUGUUAGGUCCAUUCGAUGAAAACACAAAAUUCUCCAGAAUUCCACCCGGAGUUGUAUGCUCUUUCAAUUUGUGCGAAAAUGACUGCUUACACUUACACUGCUUGCAUAGUCAACGGUGUUAGGUUUAAGACACUUGAACGUGAUGCAAAAUGCGCAACGCAAAACUCUGGCGUGGAAGUGGUUGGAGAGAACGGUGUGAAAUUUUAUGGCCAAUUAGAAGAAAUUAUUGAGUUGCGUUAUACAAAUGAUUAUUCCACUGUCCUAUUUCGGUGCAAGUGGUUUGAUACUCAAAGGGGUGUAAACCAUGACAAUAAUAUCACCAGUAUAAGCACUGAACAUGAAUGGGACAAAGACGAUCAACUCAUAUUUGCUUCGCAAGCCAAACAAGUGUUCUUCAUCCAAGAAACGUCUCGAAACCAAAAAAAUAAACAUAGGUGGGUAGUCGAAAAUGUUAAUCAUCGAAGAAUUUGGGAUCGACCAUUAAGUGAUGACCGCGUCAAUAAGGUUCAAAAUGUUGACAAACACUUAGAAGAUAGGGACAUUGUCGACAACAACUCUUCAUCUGACUGUCCACUUGUCAUUGACUUGACCCAAUACUUUCAAAUUGGAUCUUCUCAUGUUACUGCGGGUGAGCCUUCAAUUGAAGUUGAUCCCCCAACGGCCACCGUCGAUGAAGUGUUUGAAGUCGAGACUGAUUGUGAUGAGGUCGAGGCUGAUUAUGAUGAGGAUGAUCCCGAUUAUGUGGAGUCUGACUAAAAGAAAAGUUAUUGUAAUUUAUAUUGAUUUGUAAUUGAUAAACACUUGUUUGAAAUAUUUAUUUGAAUUUGAGUUACACUUGUUGUACUUUCCCUUAAUUUCUAUUAGAUACACAUGCUGUAACAUUUGUAACUUUAUAGGGAUUAUGUUUUCUGUAUUGUUGAUAUUCGCUUAUCUGAUGGCUGAUGUGGCCCCCUGGGGACAUGGGGGUGACGGCGCUGGUGAUCCACCGCUUCCUCCUGGUGGAUUUCGUGGCACACACGAGACAGACGCGGUUCCCCCGAAGAGGGUUAGGGGGAAAGCAAAAAACGAGAAACUAAGGCGUCUAGUAAAAGCGGGGGGGGGCCUGUAUCGCUUACGUUUGACAGGCAGGUGACGUAUACCCCUGUUGGUAAAACAAGAGAUAUGUUUUCACGGGAGGCCGGCCUGUAUAUGUGGCGGUCCAUCCCGAUCGAUAAAAUUGGAUGGGAUAACGUUGAACAACAUUACAAGGAUGCCCUCAUGAACCACUUACGGGAAAAUUUCAAUUUUGAUGAAGUGGAACGUGAUAUAGAGGCCAAAAACUUGACGGGUGGCAUUAGGGCUGUGCUUAUGAAGCGGUACUCUGACCGCAAGCACGAUGCUAAAAAAUUAUUUAAGAGCAAGGGAGGUUACAAUGAUCUUGAGAGUGCAAGGGCAUUCCAUCCCCCGGAUAUGCCCUAUGAUAACUGGUUGAGAACCAUCGAAGGUUUCCGGGAAGAAAAAUAUAUUAAAAGAAGCAAUGCCAACACACUAGUACGCGAGAAACAACAAUUCCCAUACCGUGGGGGGACAUCUUCGUACGGUAGCACCGCCUAUAAAAAUGUAAUGUUUUAUGUA